CAUCACUGUGAAGUCAGUGCACUUGCGUGUCUCAGCUCACACACUGAGGGGGCUACGGUGUAAGAGCCACGAAUAUCAACUCGACAAACCUCCCUCGGACAUUCGCACUGAUUUCAUGUGCAAAAUCAGAGUGAGAUUGUAUCGUUCGAUCUAAAAAAAAAAAAAAAAAAAAAAAAAAAAAAAAAAAAAAAAAAAAAAAAAAAAAAAAAAAAAAAAAAUAAAUAAAUAAAUAAAUAAAUAAAACAAAACAGAACAAGACAAAGUGAAACGGUGAAAAUAUGGCUAAAGAAAGCCUGGUACUGGCAUCUUCAGCUUCCAGCAUGAAAAUCCUACUUGUACUGUUCAUACUACUGGUGGAAUGUCAUUGUACACCGAUCGUACAUAUAUACACCGCAGGACAUCAAGACCGAUAUAACCAAGGAGAAACAAUGAAAAUGGCUUGUUAUACAGAAAAUAUAGAUGCAAAUUUCACUUGGACUUUCCCAGGAUCUGCAAGCAACGUAGAAAGAGAAUAUGAUGCUAUACAUAGCAUCCUGACACUCCUUAACGCAACGAUUGAGGAUUCCGGGGAAUAUGUGUGCACGGCCUAUAUGAAGGGGAACGUGUCCAUCAGCGUCAGUAAGAAUAUAACGAUAGAAGAAUCUACCACUCCAUAUCUCAUCUUCUCGGGACAGAGAUAUUUGACUCUAAGUGAAGGAGACACAUUAUAUUGGCAGGUUGAUAUCCGCCAUUACCCAACAAUCUUUAAUUACACUAUAGUUAACUGGCGCGGAGAGGACCUUUGGAACUCCUCAGUCUUUAUGAGCGAAUAUGAGAGAUCCUACGGUCAUGUCGUUAUGGAAGCUCAUGAAGUGAAAGCUGAACAUUUUGGGAAAUAUACUCUCAUUGGGUACCUGCCGGAAGCUUCCAUUGAGAGAAACAUUACCCUCGAUCUUCGUGUCGAAAGUCAGCCCAGAGUGUCAAGUGUUCGCCGGUUAGUGCAUACACACAGGGGUAAGCCAGAGACGGUAGAUUUCCACGUCACUGGCUACCCUGUGACGAACUGCACCCCAGGCUAUUUCGAAUGCAACGAGAGACGAGGCUGCACGGAAUCAGAGAGCAUCACUAUGUUCAACAGCAGUAACGUACCUCCUGGAAACGUGGUCUUGGUGAGUGUGGAAUUUGCUCCUGAGGAAUCUGGAAAACUCAGGUGCACGAACAAGCAUUCAAGUGCUAGCGUUGAUGUUAUUGUUAAGGAUCUCCCAGCCUCUACAAGCAAGCCGAUGUGGGUGGCGCUGGGCAUCACCGUUGUAAUUCUGGCGGUUGUGGCGGCGUGCCUGGUUCUGCAAGUCCGCCGGGUUCGCAGGAAGAAGAGGGAGCUGCAGCAAGUCAAGGAGAACUUGGUCCUGUACUUCGGAAAAGGUCGACUCAGUGAACUGGACCCCAACGGCGCGGUGGCAGACCAGGCCGAGUUGCUGCCCUACGACCCCGCGUGGGAGCUGGACAGGAAGGACAUCCGGCUGGGGAAACAGCUGGGCGUGGGGUCGUUCGGGCGCGUCGUCUUAGCGUACGUCCGCGGCCUCGACCAGACGACCCAGGGCGAGACGGAGGCGGCGGUGAAGAUGGUGAAGUCACACGUCGACGUCACUCACCUCGAGAGCCUCAUGGUCGAGCUCAAGAUCCUGAGCCACUUGGGGAAGCACAUCAACAUCGUGAACAUGCUCGGAGCCAACACCGUCCACUUGAACAAAGGGGAGCUGUGGAUCCUGACGGAGUACUGUCGCCAUGGCAACCUCCUCGCCUUCAUCCGCCAGCACGCAUCCAAGUUCAUCCACCAGGUCGACCCCCAGAGAGAUGAGAUUGACCUCCGCAUCCUGGUCAACAACCCCGCUUCUCUGCCACGUGAUCAUCCGGGUCCCUUGUCCAGGAGCGUGAGCAUCAGAACCGGAAGCGCCAUCGCGCCACUCGCUCGCCACCGACAUCUCGAUCGGGCCGCGGGCGGUCACGCCCACCACGCUCAGGAAGCAACGGACCGCCCACGCCAACGGCACCGCGCAAGUUCACAACCCUACGUACAGGAGUGUGCCAACUGCUGUCAGGACUACAUGAAGGCGGAUUCCUCGGCAGCGUGCACGAGUGGGUACCAGGAGGGCACGCCGGGCAUCAGCGUCCCUUUCAAUACGAGUUCCCUUGUGUGUUGGGCGUGGCAGGUCGCUGAGGGCAUGUCUUACCUGGCGCGGAGGAAGAUCCUCCACGGAGAUUUGGCAGCCAGGAACCUUCUUCUGGCGGACGAGAAUGUGGUCAAGAUCAGUGACUUUGGCCUCUCGCGAAACAUGCACGGGGACAUCUACCAGAAGAAAAGCAGUGACUUACUGCCCAUCAAAUGGAUGUCAGUGGAAGCGAUUCGAGACUGCACCUUCAGCGUGCAAAGCGACAUCUGGGCGUACGGCGUCACCCUGUGGGAACUGUUCACCCUGGGCAGCACACCCUACCCAGGAGUGGUUGUUGAUGUCAGUUUCCUCGACCUCAUCGAGGGAGGGUACCGCAUGGACAAACCCAAAUAUGCCACUGAGAGGAUGUAAGUAAGACGAAGCUCCAAGUACUGAUGUUGGUGGUAAGAUGAGUUUGGAAAAAGAAUGGAGACAGAUUUUUAAAGAUGCGAUUUCUUUUAAAAGGAAAGUAUUAGUGGUGGAAGUACGGAAAAGGUUUUAUUUUAUGACAACAGGUAAAGUAAGGUUUUAAUAAAGAUUGUUAUAUAUAUAAACAGAGUGUUUAGUUAUCGAGGAAGUUACACUUAAUCCGAAAUCAGUAUUUUAUAAUCGUAUUCACCUUAGCCUUAAUACCCUCUCGAACAGCCGGUACUCUGGCUUGUGAGCACGUAAGUCUAGGCUCCGUUACCCAGAUACAGACAUGGUCCUGGAGCUACUUCAAGCCUCAAGGAGAACCUCCCUUUUCAGCAACAUUAAUCUGGGCUUGAUGCGUCUGUGAUUGGUCUCAAUAUGACAGAUUCUAAACCAAUCAUUAGUGGUAUAAGUGGUUCUCAUUCCCUUUUAGCGUCGUUAUCCUUUGUGUUGUGAAGUUACGUGAAGUUAGAGGCGAGACUUUUGGAUCUGACAUAUAAGAAAUUUAUAUGAAUUUGGAAAAUAAAGAAUUUGGACGUUACUCCUUUAAGACACAAUGGAAAUAAGGGAUUAUAUAUUUGUCGAUUAGUAAUAAAAACAGACAUUAUUCUUGCAUUAAUAAUGAGGAACAUCAUUUUGAUUAUCCUUUAAAUGUGUAAGGAUCUGUAGUGAAUAAUGCACAUAGAAUGAACUCU